CCUGUUAAGCCAAUCCUCCCUUGUUAACCAACCCAAGCAACAGCUCUAUAAAGGAGGUAGCCAUGUCUUCCAUCUGCACUCAUCCAACUCAUUCACAGCAGCCCUGCAAACCGAGAGGGCAGGAAAUGGACGCCAAGCCACAGACAGCACCUGCUGACCGCUCCUACACGGAUUUGAAUCCCGUCUUCGACUGGGUUCGAGGAGGAACCUCCGACGACAUUCUCAUUCAUCUCCCUGGAUUCAAGAGCGACCAAGUGAGGGUGCAGAUAGACAGCCAUGGCACGCUGAGGACCAGCGGCGAGCGGCCGCUGGAUGGCAAGCAGUGGAGCCGGUUCUGGAAGGACUUCCAGUUGCCAGAUAACUGCAAAGUGAAUGAUGUCCGAGCCAAGUUUGACGAUGAGAUGCUUCAAGUGCAUAUCCCGAAGAUGGUCGUCAGAGGAAAUGGAGCUCUGCCUCAACCGGCAGAUGCAAGGGAGCCGCAGUCCAAGGAGAAGGCUGCUAACAAACAGGAAAUUGAGGAUAAUAAAUCGGUCGAUGAAAAGAAAGCGGCGCAGCCGGCAAGCCCAAAGAAGAUGACCGCCGACAAUCGCGGUGAUCAAAGCGGCGGCUUGAGUAGCAUCUACAUGGGGCUGAGUCAAGCAAGGAAGACAUUGCUGAUGAACGUGGCUGUCGCUUUCCUGGUGCUGUUUGUUCUUGGAUUGUACUUGAAAUACAAAUUCACAAAGACCGAGACCAGCUAAGUCUUCGCUACAUGGUUUCAUCACCAUACUAUUAUUGCACGUCAUGUAGAGUUAAAAGACUACAAUGCCUGAAAUAAAACUAUUAUUGUCGAGGCCUGUGAGGCCAAUUACUUC